UCCCAACUUCCAGCCAAUACCUGGAAACUAGAAAACUUGCAGCAAGCUCAACUUGAAGAGAGAUGGGGAUUUCUCAAUCGGCGUCGAAGCGAGUCAGCUUCACAUUAAUCAACUCGUCCCAGUUCAACUCAGCGUGCGACUCAGUCUACACUCAGUGCCUCGCCCUUUCCCAACAUGCCUUUCCCGGAGUCCUCCCUUAUCAGCUGGUUAGCGCCGCCGCCCACCUCCACCAAGACCUCACUUCUGUCCACCCUCACCCUCUCAUUAUCCGCUGGGUCCCCGAUCUUCCCUCCCGCUCCCAAGUAGACUCUUCCUUCCGAUUCGUGACUCGCCACCGUGAAAAUUCCCGGAGCGAUGGAGAACCGUUUGUCCUCGACUCUCCUCAGUUCAAGGAAUGGGCACAGGUGUUGUUCACCGAUGCCGUUGUGGGAAACGCCGGAAAGGCAGUGAUGAAGCGAGUUCCGGUUGGUGUUUUAGGAAUAGCGGGCAUUGGUGCGGCGGCGAGGACGAGGAAAGAGGUAGUUGGGGCGGCGAUUGGUGUGUACGCGCUUGGUGUCGCCACUUCAGUUUACCUUAGCUUGUCUGGUUAGUUGUAAUUGGCUAAUAAACCCUGUAAAUAC